AUGAAGGUCUCGAGCUUGGAUUGCAAAUCUUCCCACGUUCUAUCCUUAUCACAUUCUCUCAGACAGGCGGCUAGAAUCGUGAAGGCGAAGAGGUUGUCGCUUAAGUUUUUAUCUAUCGAUCUGAAUGGCGACCUAAGUAACUUGAAGAUCGGUAUCUCGAAGACCAAAGGUCAUGAGAACGGCAGAUUCAGUUCUUCACAUGCCUUAUACGGUGGAGCUAAUCUAGAAUCGAUGGAGUUGUGGAGUUUGCGCCUGCUGUCGAGGAUGCUGCAUGCAUUUGAUAACCUCUGCAUUCGGAAGGACGGCACGGUGAACCGCAAAUGGGACAAGUUUCUAGGGACACAGGUCCCGGCGAAUCCUCAGGCGAAAUGCGGGGUGUCGACAGUCGAUGUGAUUGUCGACUUCGAAAAGGAUGUAUGGGUGCGUCUUUUCAUUCCGAAGAAGAAGAGUCGAAAAUUAUACAGCUUAUAUAAGAAAUCGAAGCCACAAGCUCAGAAAUUGUUCCCUAUCAUCUUCUUCUACCACGGCGGUGGAUUUGUCUUCCUCAGUCCCGACUCUGUGUGCUACGACACAUUCUGUCGACGACUGGCUCGCAAGUGCCAUGCGCUAGUGAUCUCUGUGCACUACAGACGAGCGCCGGAGCACAAGUUCCCCGCCGCCUACGAUGAUUGCUUCGCUGCGCUGGAGUGGCUUCAAUCUGGACAAGCAACUCAGUGCCUUCCUCGGAGCAUCGACCCCCGAUGUAUCGACUUGUCAAGAGUUUUUCUCUGUGGCGACAGCGCGGGCGGCAACAUUGCGCACCACGUUGCAGUUCGAGCAUCCGAGACGGAGAUCAGUCCGUUGUGCAUUAAAGGCGUGAUGCUGCUCAGUCCGUUCUUCGGCGGGCAGGAGAGGACCCCGGCCGAAAUUCGAGUGAGAAACGUCCCCAUGGUGUCGGUGAAGAGAUUGGAUUGGUACUGGAAGUCGUUUCUCCCCCAUGGAGCCAACCGUGACCAUCCUGCUUGCAACAUCUUCGGACGCAACUCGCCUGACCUCUCGGAUGUAUCCCUUCCCUCAGUGCUUAUCAUCAUCGGCGGACUCGACAUCUUGCAGGACUGGGAGACGAGAUACGCAGAUUGUCUCAACAGAGCCGGUAAGGAUGUGAAAGUGUUCUUCUACAAGAACGGAAUUCACUCGUUCGGGUUGUUUGACCAGACACACAUCACGAAGCAGAUGUUCUUCAACAUUAUGGGGUUCAUCGACAACCACUGAACAACAUGACCUUUUUCCCUCGGCUGAUCCAUGGUUUUCUUUACCCUAUCACAAUACACGGUUUCACGCAAGUGGCAUUCCACACACGUGUAACAGAUUCGACCGCUUCUUAGAGAAGUCGAAUCUUGAGUUACCAAGGGCCACUGGAGUCUUCUGCGGAAACGUAGAACUGGCAUUUCGUUUGCGUUUCUAGGGGUUGAGUUAUUUGGGACCCGUUCACAGCCACCGACUAACUGACUGCAGCAACUUACAGUGUGCUGCAACAUCAUAUGCUGGUCUUUGUUUAACAGUUUAUCAUAAGCUUCAAUUCACUGCUCACCGCAGGGAAAUAUCCUCCAAUGCUGCUGGAACUUGAUCAGUUUUUUAUUUUUAUUUUUCAUUUUUUAUUUAUACUGCUGUCCUUGAAUUUUCUGGUUCGCAGGAAAUUUGGAGGAGAAUGCGAGGUGAGCAGGACACUCUAAAUUUUUAUUGGUUUUGUUUGUCGAACGACA